AUAAGAUUAAAUUUGUUUAUUUCAAUUAUCCUAAUCACAAAAUAUGGCAAGAAAAUCUCCCUUUUACGCCUUUAACUGUCAAUCAAAGGCCAACAACUACUUGAAGUAUUUGUCUCGUUUUAUCACCAAAUUUGGUUUUUCCUCAUUUGUGUCACAAACGGUUUGAUUCAGCUUAUAUAUAAACGCGAUUGAAAACUUAGAAUUUCAAUCCAUUCGAUCCCCAGCUCCAGAACAUGGCGGUCUUCCGUCAUCUUCCACUUCUACUAGUCCUCUAUAGUUUGUUUGGCUUCACUUUCAGUAGUCGGGUCAGCAUUAUCAACAACGGCUAUCGUGAUCUGGUCGUGGCGAUUUCACCAGAUGUCCACCCAGAUCAAGCUUCUGAUUUGCUCUAUAACAUUCAGAGAAUCAUCACCGAGGCUUCGGCUGAUUUGUAUGCGGCUACACGGCAAAGAUCCUAUAUCCAGUCUGUGCAAAUUCUAAUUCCACAGAAGUGGGUAAACAUCACGGCAAACGCAUCCACUUGGGAGACCUUUCAGGACGCUGAAAUUCAAAUUGACCAUCCAAAUUGGAAAUAUGGUGAUAUGCCCUACACCGUUCAACUAGGCGGAUGCGGCGAUCCUGGCCAGUACAUUCAUUGGACUCCAAAUUAUGUCAACACUUUCGAUUACGAUACCACAAAAUUGCAGUUUGGUCCAGCUGGUAAACUUUUCGUGAGGGAAUGGGCCCGACUGCGCUACGGUGUUUUUGAAGAGCACGGCUACACCGGUGCUGACACUACUUUCCCGACCUUCUAUCGGCCAGGAACUGCCCAGCAGUCAGCUGAUAUGGUGCCCAAUGUUUGCUCACACGAACCAGUUGACUUCUUGGUUGACUACGGUUGCGGUGUUGACCGGACAACGGGCCUUUACGAUUCGAAUUGCACGUACAGUUUUGCAAAUUCAUUUAAGCCAACGUCAUCCAUCCUGUCCGACAACAGAAUGCUCUCCUCGGCGGUGCAUUUCUGCGAUGACGAUCCAUCCAGCCUUCACAGACACAACCGAGAAGCACCCACCAAGCAAAACGCUGUUUGUAACACGCAAAGUGUAUGGUCGGUAAUCUCGAAGCACACCGAUUUCACCGGCAAUAACAAUCCACCUGCCACCAUCGCCAAUGUCAAACCGACGUUCAACAUAGUUCGAGUUUUGACCGGUGCUCGCUACGUUCUCGUUACUGACGUUUCUGGAAGCAUGGACGAUUAUGAUCGCAUUACUAGAUUAAACGAGGCGGCCCGCCGUUGGAUUAAAUACGAUAUUACCGAAGGCACUUCGUUGGGUAUCGUCAAGUUCAGUACAUCGGCGACGAUGCUUAGUGACUUGACUGUGGUGAAUGAUGAUACACGCCAACAAUUGAUGGAUAAAGUUCCGAACUAUACGGAAGGCGGUACGUGUAUAGGAUGUGGUCUCCAGAUAGCUCUAGAUAUAUUGGAACCUGGUGGUAAAGGAGGAGUGAUCGUAUUGGUGACUGAUGGCUUGGAGAACGAGCAUCCGUACAUAGAGGAAAUGUAUCCCCGAUUAAUCGAUGCUCAAGUUCAAGUUGUGUCUAUCGCUUUCGGUGACGAUGCUGAGGAUGAAAUUGAAGUUUUGGCUACCAAAACUAACGGGAAAAGUUAUUUUAUCAAUGACGACGGGAACGAUGACGAGCUGAACGACGCUUUCACCGGCUCAUUGACUUAUCAACCGGCCGUGCCUACCGGAGAGCUCACUGUCCUACUCUUCCAGAAAAAAUACAAAAAUGGCAACAGAUUUGAAGAUUCUGUCUUCGUCGAUUUCACCAUCGGCCGAAACCUAACCUUCCGCGUCGAUUACACAAAUCGAUAUUUCAUUGACAGCUUUUCGGUAAACUCUCCUAGUGGCACAGUGUACGAUAGCGUCACUUACGACAACAGCGCAAAAUUGGCUUACAUCAUCAUUCCCGGCCUAGCCGAAGAAGGCGAAUGGAGAUUCACGUUGAAUGUCUACCAGGGAUAUCCUCAAGAUUACGCCAAUGUUAUUGUCACGUCGAGAUCAAGAACCGAUUCAGCGGCGCCAAUCACCGUCGAAUGCUCCGUCCCGAGUGGAACGGUCGUCGAAGACGCUGCAGUCACACCUGUCCGUCUUGUGGCCGUUGUAAAACACGGACGUAACCGUGUCCUCGGAGCUAAUGUCAUAGCUCACGUGGUGAGCCCCAAUUCUGCCGAUAACGUCGUCCAGUUAGAAGACAACGGAAUCGGAGGGGAUUUAACCGAAAACAAUGGUAUCUAUUCAGGUUUUUACGUGGCCGUUUACAAUGCCGGACGCUACACGUUGGUCUGUGAAGUCAAUAGCGCGGAAGGGACUUACAUCGACGAUGGCGUAACGGCCCAACAACGAACCGCUAUGGGUAACUUCGAACGUGUCCAGUCCGGAGGCGCUUUCAGGGUGGAGAUCCCUAUGACAACCAUGUACCCACCGAGUCGAGUAACGGAUUUGAAAGUUGUGGCUAUGCAAGUAGAUCAAAUGUCUUUUAAAAUUGAAUGGACGGCCACUGGCGAUGAACUCGAUGUCGGAACUGCGUCUGCGUAUCAGAUAAAAUAUUCGACUACCUUCGAUAGUUUGAUGGACGACAAUUUCGACUCAAGCUCGUCCGUGCAAUUUGGAUCGCAAGACAUCAUUGACGGCAGUAUGCAACCGCUAGAAUCCGGAAGCAAGCAAAACGUCACGCUCCGGCUUCCUUCGACGGCUGAAGACACCACGUAUUACAUCGCCCUGAGAAUCAUCAACAGCAACAACAUGGCUAGCGACACUUCCAACGUCGUCUCCGUCCAAAUUGUCCGUGUUAAACCACCACCGACACAGCCACCGCCAACUACGACCACUCUAGUGCCUCCCACUACAUCCAGCAGCCUAACCGUUGGAUGCGAUGGGGUAUUGACGACCCCCAACGGACUGUUAACAUCUCCCAACUACCCCGGCGCCUACCCCAAUAACUACAACUGCCAAUGGACCAUUCAAGUGGAUCGUACCUCGAAAAUCCGUUUGACAUUUAGCCAUUUCGAUACUGAAAGUCCAUUUGACUACGUCGAGGUGUACGACGGAUCUUCCGACUCUGCUACUCGGCUGUUGAAGCACAGCGGAUUUACUGUGCCCAACGCACCUGUUAGUUCCUCGUCCAACAAAAUGCUGGUGCGUUUUGUCACCGAUUCCACCGGAAAUAAUUUUAGAGGAUGGAGGGCUACCUACACGAUUGCUUAAUUAUAACAUGAACAACCAUGAUAUGAUUCCCCCCUUUUUUUCCUUAACAAGAUUAUUGAUCAAAUACAUAUACUUUUAUCAGCAUGA